AUGCUUGGUGCUAAAAUUGCUUCUGUUCCUUUAGCUGCCCAUUUCAUGCUGAGUAAGGACCUUUGUCCUAAGAUUGAGUCUGAAAUUAAAGCUAUGCACAAGGUCCCUUAUUCUAAUGCUAUUGGCUCUGUGAUGUAUCUUAUGAUUAGUACUAGACCUGACAUUGCCUAUGUUGUUUCUUGCUUGAGUAGAUACAUGGCUAACCCAGGUCCUGUGCAUUGGGAAGCUCUUAAAUGGUUGCUUAGAUAUUUGAAAAAUACUUCCAAGUAUGGUCUUUGUUUUUCUAAGCAUGAUCAAGGUGUUAAGUUAUGUGGUUUUGUGGAUUCUAACUAUGCUAAUGACAAGGAUAAGAGGAAGUCAACCACUUCCUGGAAUACCUUGUGGGCUGUGAUGAAGCAACAACAGACUAAGGCUCUCCCUAUGUGCUCCCAAUGUUACAAUCGGAUGGAGCUUGAGAAUCAGUCUAAGUUGAGGACUGAUUAG